AAAAGUUGUGAAAAGUUUCAUAUUUUGUAAACAUACCUAACAUCCUCAUUAGUAUAAUGUAUUGCUAGAUAAAGACGGAGGGUGCAUUUGGUAUAUGUUCUGUGAAUAUUGAAGAUACACGGGGGCUGAAAUCAUUGUCAUAAACUGUUCUUGGACAAGGUGUUUUUAGCUUCAAUUAAUAAGAGUUCAUCGUACAUUUUAUGCAGAACAUAUAAUUUCGAAGAUUAUCUAAAAGACCAUCCCCUAGGAAUAGAAUGUUGGUUCACCUUGUUAUGGUGGUAUUCGUUGUGGAUAAAGUAUCUACGUCUGCUUCGUGGAAUCUAACAACAUUAACCGUUAGCUUUGGAAAAGACAUAAUGUUGUGGUGCUCCAUAGGUGAGAAAAACGAAAGCAAUGUUUCAAAGCAACAAGCAGAUCUUCGACAUUGGACAGGAGGCCAAAAAUACGAUCUGCUGUGUAUGAAUGGUCAAUGCCUAAAUCCAUCUAAAUAUGAAAUGUUAACACGAAAUACCAGUCAAGAUUUUGGGUUAUUAAUUCACAAUUUAAGUGAAUCAGAUUUGAACUGUCAGUACACAUGUUCCUGCGGAUUUUCUGAUUUCACUAAGAAUCUUUCUGUCGAACCAAAAUAUGUUAUAUCUCUACCAGCGAUUGAAAAAACAACAAAAAAUAGAAAAAAUAUCAACAAUGGCAAAAUGGAAAUAGAAAUUAUGCUUGAUAAGGUGAACCCUGUUCCGCAUUGUUCAGCACUGUUUAAGGGUCGGUUUAUCAAUGAGACAACCGUUGCUGUUAUGAAAUGGUACACAUAUCAUAAUGAUGUUAAAGUGAUUUUUAAUUUUCCUGUUGACGAUGUCGGUUGUGAUGGUAGACUGCAAAUACUUUGCACACUUGUGUAUCGUAAUGUUACCAUUUUUGACGAAUACAUAGAUAUGUGUCAGGAAAAAGAAGCAAGCAUGCUGACAAUGAUUUUACUAGUAAUCGGAUGUGCAGCAUUUGCUAUAAUAUUGUCGAUUUGCAUAUGUUUUACUAAAAGACGUGAUGCCCAGUUUGGUGUACGAUGUUGGAGCAAUGUAAAGAAGAAACGAAUCGAAAGGAAAAAUAUCAAUCAAGUGCAAUUAAUGACUUUUUCAGACAAGCACCAACACGAAAAAGAAACAUCAGCAAUGAUAGAGGUCUAGUCAAUAUUUGUUUGUUCUGGUGAACAUUUCCCAGUACAUUUCAGUUGUCACAAUGCUUGCGAUAUCACGUCACAGUAACAGUGGAUUUUUCAAUGAUGUCAUUUGCGCCAAAUGACCCCGGGCCAACCGGUUUAACUCAUUAAUAAAAAGAGCUCGAGACAUUUGUAUUGAUUAAAACAACAUGGUAUAUCACCAAUUUAAUACAAGUGUACUGCUUAUUAAAGCUUUUGCUUGUUAGUAUAAACAAAAGUCAUUACUGUGAGAGCAAACUAUUUAUCAUUAUGAUACAAGAUAGUGCAUGAUAGUUUAGGUAAGAAUUUCCUAUUUAUGAAUAACAUCAGUGCAUACAUAAACAUGAUAAAAUACAAUUUUGUAUUUCUUCAAUAAAUUAAAAAAAAAAAAAAAAAAAAAAAAA